AUGACAGGGAAGGAAGGGGCCGUAUUAUCAGAAAGUUUAAACAAACCCAAAACGGCAUCGCCCGCACAGAAUGAGGGAACUAACCACCAGCCCAAGACCAAUUCUGCCCACCCUCCCAGGUGUACAGGAUUUGGGAUCCAAGAAAUAUUGGGGUUGAAUAAAGAACCCGCCUCCGUCCCCAGGACCGUCCUGGAGUCCCUGCCGCCUGGGGCUCACCUGCUGGCGGCCAGGUCGGUGCUGAGCCCCGCUGGGGCGGGGAUGGGGAUGGGAUUAAUCGGAGCUGGAGGUAUCCCCGCUUUUUACAGCCAGCCUGCUUUUUUGGAAGUCCUGUCAGACCAGCAAAAUAUCCACCUACAGUCCUUGAAUAGGACAGCUCCUUUGAACGCCAGCCAGACAGCCAGUUCAGGUAUUUCUUCUACAAAGGAGCGAAGAAGAAAAACUGUUUUUAAAUCUUCUGUGGCCAGUCAGAGCAAAGUGCAGAAAGAAAGAAGAGGCAGAACCAUUUUCACCUCUUAUCAACUGGAGGAGUUAGAAAAAGCCUUCAACGAAGCUCACUACCCCGACGUGUAUGCCAGGGAGAUGUUAGCAAUGAAAACAGAACUACCUGAAGACCGGAUCCAGGUCUGGUUCCAGAACCGGCGUGCCAAGUGGAGGAAGCGGGAGAAGUGCUGGGGGCGCAGCAGCGUGAUGGCGGAGUACGGGCUGUAUGGAGCCAUGGUGCGACACUCAAUCCCGCUGCCCGAAUCCAUCCUCAAGUCUGCCAAGGACGGCGUUAUGGACUCCUGCGCACCCUGGCUGCUUGGAAUGCACAAAAAGUCGAUGGAGACGGUGGAGACCCCUCCCUCAGGGAAAGCCGAAGAGGCUCCACGGCCAACCAAUCCGAAACAGGAGGAGCGGGAGGUGGAGGAGAGGAGGACAGACACCAAGUCACCCAUUUCCAAAGAGGAACUGCGGGAGAACAGCAUCGCUGCACUCAGGGCAAAAGCACAGGAGCACAGCGCUAAAGUGAUGGGGACUGUAUCGAGUGAUGCACCAGGGCGCAAAAUGGAGACAGAGGAAGCAGAGGAGAAAAGCAGAGAUCAGUUAAAUCCACCAGAAGAGAAAUAA